UCCUCUGGGAGCCUCAACAACAUCCUGAUGCUGACGAGGCAGAGGAGAGUCUCUCCACAUCAGAACACCAGAUGGACAACGCUAGCCCUUCCUCCCUCCCGGAGUCCCCGUGUCGUGCCUCUCCCGGUAGCACCUUACUGCUGGGUAUGAAGAGGUUGUCUGUGCUGCUGGUGGACUGCAGGAAAACAACGGGGCUGAGUGGAACUGUGAGAAGAGGAGAAGAGAAGAAAGGAUCAGAUUUGACACAUCAAAGAGACAGACCAGGCUCAGAGGAACCAGAGCCAGGGACGUCCAAACCAGCAAGACGACACCAGUGUUCCCACUGUGGAAAGGGUUGUAACCUCUUAUGGGAGCUGAAACAACAUGAGAGAAUACACACUGGGGAGAAGCCUUUCCACUGCUCCCAGUGUGGAAAAAGUUUUGGCCAUAAAGGAACCCUGAACAAACACGAGAGAAUACACACAGGGGAGAAGCCUUACCACUGCUUCCAGUGUGGAAAGAGUUUUAACCUGUUAGGUUCUCUGAAACGACAUGAGAGAUUACACACAGGGCAGAAGCCUUACCACUGUUCCCAAUGUGGAAAGGGUUGUAACCUCUUAUGGGAGCUGAAACAACAUGAAAGAACACACACAGGGGAGAAGCCUUACCACUGCUCGCAGUGUGGAAAGAGUUUUAACCAGAAAGGACACAUGAAAGCUCACGAGAGAAUACACACAGGGGAGAAGCCUUACCACUGCUCUCAGUGUGGAAAGAGUUUUAGCCGGUUAAGGAACCUGAAAGUUCAUGAGAUAAUACACACAGGGGAGAAGCCUUUCCAGUGCUCCCAGUGUGGCAAGUGUUUUAACCAGUUAGGGGCCAUGAAACAACAUGAGAGAAUACACACGGGGGAGAAGCCUUACCACUGCUCCCAGUGUGGAAAGUGUUUCAACUGGUCAGGGGAUCUGAAAAAACAUGAGAGAUUACACACAGGGGAGAAGCUUUACCACUGUUCCCAAUGUGGAAAGGGUUGUAACUUAUUAUGGGAUCUGAAACAACAUGAGAGAACACACACAGGGGAGAAGCCUUACCACUGCUCGCAGUGUGGAAAGAGUUUUAAACUGAAAGGACACCUGAAAGCUCACCAGAAAAUUCACACGGGGGAGAAGCCUUACCACUGCUCCCAGUGUGGAAAGUGUUUCAGCCGGUCAGGUGAUCUGAAGAAACAUGAGAGAAUACACACAGGGGAGAAGCCUAACCACUCCUCCCAGGGUGCAAAGCUUUUGCCCAUUUAGGAAGCAUGGAAGAACACAUGAGACUUGCACACAGAGGAGAAGGCUUACAAAAGCUCAGACUGGGAAAACAUAUGAAUCAUAUUACUCGUAACAUAUUACACUUAAAUGUCAUUAGAGAAUCUACACAGGAGAGAGAAAUUACUUCUCUUAGCGUGUAUGUUGAUAUUUCACAUCACAUUGACUUAAAAUUCAUCAGAGAACAUACACAGUGCUCCUGUUGUCUUAUAUUGUUGACUGACAAUGUGUUUACCUGUCUUUACCAGAUGAAAUUAAAUGGUACAGGGUAUACUCAAACAUAUAUUUGUUUGUUUUUAUUAGAAAACAUUACCAUAUUAAAUUGUUUCUUCCAAUUAUUGAUAAACAUGAACCUGUUAAGAAACUGACUGUUAGAACUGUUAAGGCUCCAUGGAUCGAUGAGGAAUUUAAAAACUGUAUGUUUGAAAGAGUUGGGGGCAAAAGGAGUGGCUAAUAAGUCUGGCUGUUUUAUGCAAAUUGAGAAAUGAUGUGACCAAACUCAACAAAAGAAGAAGAAUCUUUAUUAUGAAGCCAAGAUCAAUAAUAUAAAGAUGGGAAGAAAACAGGGAGCAAUUAUAUUAUAA